CGUCAAGGCAACGGGCGGAUCAGGGCUCGGGACAGACAGACAGACACAGAGAACGAAAGACGCCCAGAGACCGGGGCCGGAAUGUCGUUGCGGACGCUGCCGCUCCUCUUUAUAAACCUGGGCGGGGAGAUGCUCUACAUCCUGGAUCAGCGACUCCGGGCCCAGAACAUCCCGAGCGAUAAGGCCAAGAAAGUUAUGAAUGACAUUAUAAGUACUAUGUUCAAUAAGAAGUUCAUGGAGGAAUUAUUCAAAUCUCAGGAACUGUAUUCCAAGAAAGCCCUGAGAACCGUGUUUGAUCGACUGGCUCAUGCCUCCAUUAUGAGACUUAAUCAGGCUAGCAUGGACAAGCUCUAUGACCUGAUGACAAUGGCAUUCAAGUAUCAAGUGCUGCUCUGUCCACGGCCUAAAGACAUCUUAUUGGUCACGUUCAAUCAUAUGGAUGCAGUUAAAGAAUUUAUACGUGACUCUCCAAGCAUUCUCAACCAGGUAGAUGAGACAUUCCGACAGCUGAUCGAGACGUACAGCUGCCUACCAGCAGGAGAGUUUCAGCUCAUCAGACAAACCCUGCUGGUUUUCUUUCAGGACCUUCAUAUCCGAGUGUCCAUCUUUCUGAAGGAUAAAGUUCAGAAUUCUAAUGGACGAUUUGUGCUGCCAAUUUCUGGGCCUGUUCCUUGGGGAACAGAGAUCCCUGGACUGAUUAAAAUGUUUAACUAUGAUGGAGAAGAGGUGAAGCGAGCAACUUUUGCAGCCAGCGGCAGUUACACCAGUGUGCUGACAGAAGGAUCCUUUGACCUCUUUGGCGACAGAAUCAUUAAACUUGGCACUAAUAUGUACAGUGUUUCACGGCCUGUGGAAACACACAUGUCAGGGACAUUAAAGAGCUCGGCUGCACACACAAAGGAGAAUGCGGCCCCCAACCCACUGGCUAAGGAGGAGCUGAACCUGCUGGCACUGUUGAUGGGCGGUCUAGAGAUCAAGAAGCCUACGGGCACUGACCCAGGAUUUCGGCUGAAUCUGUUUUGCACAGAUGAGGAGGAAGACCAUGCAGCGGCCAUAAGGCCUCCAGACCUUUUGGAUGAAGUGAUCAACAUACAGGUCUCUAAGGACCAGCAACAGCAUGAAGAGUUAGCUCGAAUAAUGGGAGAGUUCCAUGUCCAAGAGCAGCCCAGGCACAGCUGCAGUAAAGGGGAUGACCUCCUGGCCAUGAUGGACAAUCUGUGAUAUCCUCCCUGUCAACAGUGAGGUCAUCGCCUUUACCCCAUGACCUUCCUUGGCACAACAUGUGUGGCUGGGUCACUAGCUUUCAACCCUCUGAACAAGUUAUUUCUGUAAUUGACUCACUUAAUUCCUGUACGAAGAGCUGAACUCCCAUUCUGCACAAUUUUGUGCAUCUAGGCACAGUUUCAUCCAGUUAAAUUCGAUGUACAUAGUAAAUAUUAAACCAGCCAGACUGAUCAUAUUCACCAACGUUUGUGACUCUCAAAACCUGGAUGGAGGUUUGGAAAGCAAUGGGGCAGGGAAGACAGAAGUGGAAGAGACAGAGGUUUUGGCUCAGUUGUGAACUUUUGGCAGAUCUGUGAACUGGAGACAGAUUUGUACGGGAUGCAAAUGUUUUCUUAGUGCAUUUUUGAAUGUGCAUCUGUGAAAGUCAAAUCACACCAGGUAAAACUGAGACUCUGGCUUAUUAGUAGCC